AAAAAGUCCAUUCAAGUUUCUAGUCGUUAACAAAUGUAGUGAUUGGCUUUUCCCUAAUCAAACAAGUCAAUUUUGCCAUCUCUGCAAGUUUUGUCAUCUUCGUCAACCAUUCAUGGGAUUAAAAUGGCAGGAAAAGAGUUUCUGGAUCUUCCUGUGGAGAAAAAAUUCAAUAAUGCGGGAAGAGUCCCAGCAGCAGUCUGGGAAAAGAAGUUUGAAAAGCUUGCCCCAAAAGAUCAAAAUUUAUUCCAAAAUGGAGGUUUCGCCCUUGCAUUAAAUUCAAGUCUUUGCGCCUUAAUAUCUAAUAACUCAAUUAGGAAUGUCCUGAAUGUCACGCAGAGUCGUUACUCAACAGCUGCAUCCAUGUUCUUAUUGCCAUUCAUCUCAACUACAGUUGCGUAUGAGGCCACAGUAAAAAGCUCUUUGAUGGCAGGUAAUUUAAACUGCGAAAUCUGCGCUUUGAUCAGAGGAGGCUUAGUAGGAGCUGUCAUAGGCUAUUUCUAUCCCAUUAUUCUAGCACUGCCUCUGAAUGCAUUGCUGGCCACAAGGUUCUCUACUUCUCCCAUGCCAAGUAAAGAGAAUGCACUGCGAUUCUGGACAUCGCUUAGUAAACCAAUUUUCAGAAAGACAAGACUUGCUGCUUUCAUCCAAGUUGCACUUGGAGCAUAUCUUGGCUCAAAACAUCAUGAAAUAUAUCUCAAAAUGCUCCGAAUACCAGAACCUGGAAGAGAUCCUGAGAAACUCGAAGAAUAAAACUUGAAAGCUGUUUAGCCUUCA